GCGGGUUUUUCCGGCGGGCGCCGCUCUGGGCUGUGCGGAGGAGCUAACUCGUGGACAUCUACCUGAACGGUUAUCGUCUUUUUUUUCCCCCGCCCUCUUCACAUACUUUGGUCUUUUCAGGAAAGUGUUGGUUUAUGCAAGUGGGGCUUGAGGCCAUGGAAUUUUCUUUCUGGAGUUCUCCGGGCAGAAACGCUGCGAUCGGGCUUAGUUGGGUUUUCAGACGGCCCUGGGACCGUGGAGUUAAACUCCGCUUCCCUAGUUAAACCCGUUUGUCAUAAAAAUAAACAGAACUCGGAUCCCUGCAGUCUGUGGGGUUGGGGGGAGCCGUGGCUAUCUGCGGACUUGGUUCAGGCGCGAUUCCUGUUUAGUAUUGGUGAUCUUGGACGUUUCUGCUUCUGGGUUGAAAUGUUUAUCACAGUAAAUGCUACCUCUGGCUCUCCACUAGUUCUGGUGUUCUCGAGGUUAAGCUUUAAUAUGAAAAAGUUGAAUGACGAUGGCUGCUCUAUAGGCGAGGCUUAGGGUGCUGCCUCCCCUCUGGCGCGUUGCGAGCCUGGGAACCCCUGCACUUCGCCAUGCAAGCGGUGUCCUGUGCUGGAGGAGAGGGUCUUGGGCUCAGGGCUUUCACCAGGAACUGGCCUUGGGAACAGAGUCACCCCAGGGUGUCCUAGUCAAUAAAGGGAUUGAGCUAGGGAGCCACUUAGGAAACUGAUUUUGACAGUAAUGAACUUUGAGACCAGAUAAAGAGGGUAAUAAUGUGCCUGUGAAGAACACGCAAUUAGAAAAAUUUUAAGAAAACUGGUAUAAAAAUUAAAGGUACAUUUAGGCCGGCGUCGCGGCUCUAUAGGCUAAUCCUCUGCCUGCAGUGCCGGCACACCGGAUUCUGUCCCGGUUGCCCCUCUUCCAGGCCAGCUCUCUGCUGUGGCCAGGGAGUGAAGUGGAGGAUGGCCCAAGUGCUUGGGCCCUGCACCCCAUGGGAGACCAGGAGAAGCACCUGGCUCCUGGCUUCAGAUCAGCGCAGUGUGCCAUUGCGGGGUGAACCAAUGGAAAAGGAAGACCGUUUCUCUCUCUCACUGUCCACUCUACCUGUCAAAAAAUAAAAAGUAAAAAAAAAAAAAAAAAAGUGCCUAGCAAUGGAACUGGGUGACUUUAUGAAUUAUGUAGCUUUGAAUAUUAUGGACAAAACCUAGCAGAUAGUAAUGGUCAAGGUCAUAUAUGUUAAACAGCUGUCCUCAAAUAAGCAGACUUUUUGAUCUUACUUUUCAGGUCUCAAAAUUCUAAAACUGGUAAUUUCCAGAUUUUAGAUGUUCCUCAUUGCAUUGGAGGAGGACCUGUAUGAUUUGUUGAAUUCUGGAGUCGUAAUAUCAUGGCUGAAAAUGACACAGACAGAAACCAGACUGAGAAACUUCUAAAAAGAAUACAAGAACUGGAACAGGAGGUACAAAGACUUAAAAAGGAACAGGGCAACUAUAAGGACUCAAACAUUAGAGAAAAUGCCUCAGGAACUGGAAAAGCUAAGCGUACAUUUGAUUUCAGUGCUCAUGGCCGAAGACAUGUAGCCCUAAGGAUAGCCUAUUUGGGCUGGGGAUACCAGGGCUUUGCUAGUCAGGAAAACACAACCAAUACCAUUGAAGAGAAACUGUUUGAGGCACUAACCAAGACUCGACUAGUAGAAAGCAGACAGACGUCCAACUAUCACCGGUGUGGACGAACAGACAAAGGAGUUAGUGCCUUUGGACAGGUAAUUUCUCUUGACCUUCGUUCUCAGUUUCCAAUGGCCAAAGAUUCAGAAAGUUGUAAUUCAAAAGAUGAAGCUAAUGAUGUUGCUGAAGAGAUCCGUUAUACCCACAUCCUCAAUCGGGUGCUCCCUCCAGACAUCCGUAUACUGGCCUGGGCCCCAGUAGAUCCUGGUUUCAGUGCUAGGUUCAGCUGUCUUGAGCGGACUUACCACUAUUUUUUCCCUCGUGCUGAUUUAGAUAUUGUGACCAUGAAUUGUGCAGCCCAGAAGUAUGUUGGCACCCAUGAUUUCAGGAACUUGUGUAAAAUGGAUGUAGCUAAUGGAGUUAUUAAUUUUCAGAGAACUAUUUUGUCUGCUAAAGUACAGUUAGUGGGCCAGAGCCUGGGUGAGGAGAGAUGGCAAGAACAUUUCCAGUUAUGUCAAUUUGAAGUGACAGGCCAGGCAUUCCUUUAUCAUCAAGUGCGCUGUAUGAUGGCUAUCCUCUUUCUGAUUGGCCAAGGAAUGGAGAAACCAGACAUAAUUGAUGAGCUGCUGAAUGUAGAGAAGAACCCUCAGAAACCUCAAUAUAGUAUGGCUGUAGAAUUUCCUCUUGUCUUACAUGAUUGUAAGUUUGAAAAUAUCAAGUGGAUCUAUGACCAGGAGGUUCAACAAUUCAAUGUCACUCACCUACAGCAACUAUGGGCCAAUCAUGCUGUCAAAACUCAUGUGUUGUACAGCAUGUUGAAAGGACUAGACUCUGUUGCAGUAUCUUGUGGGACAGGGCCGAAGACAGAUGGAGUGAUAGAGUGGAGAAAUGUGACACCCCCUGUCAUAAAGCACACCAGCGCCUUUGUAGAAGGAGUGAAAAUGCGCACAUAUAAACCACUAAUGGAUCGUCCUAAAUGCCAAGGAUUGGAAUCCCGGAUCCAGCAUUUUGUACGUAGGGGACGCAUUGAACACCCACACUUACUCCACAAGAAAGAAGCAAAAGGCAAAAGGGACUGUAAUGACACACAUGAAGAGGAGAAAACUGUUUUGGAGAAUCCAACAAAGAGGGUCUGUGUUGAUACAGAAAUUAAAAGCAUCAUUUAACCAUAGAAAUAUCACCAGGAUCUAGGAUGCAAUAACCAGCUAGUGGUAGGAAGGUAGAAAGGAAAUACAAAAGUAAUAUUUACUGCAGGAAGUCCUGGAAAUUCCUAUGAUCAUCUCUUGUGAAAAAAGACUUUAAUACUCUCUUAAGGAAAUUCUUAAACACGAGUUCAAACAUCCUCUCUUCUUUGUCCAAAAGAUUUAAGAGAUGAAGGAUGCAAAAAGCAACUGUAAAAUAAAGACGCACAUGUGCGCAUGCACUUGGAAACCUGUGCCUUGUGUUCAGAUCAUUAGAAGCCUGACCUUGCUGGUGUAUAAAGCACAGAAGCCUUUCUUACGAAGCAUAUAAAUCUGCACAGGUUGGAAAACUCUAUGAAGGACCAUAGAAUAAAUGUUUUAGGCUCUAUGAACCAUAAA